AUGUCUCAACCCGCACACACAAGUACUCCCAACCCCCAGUCCUUCUAUACAUGGGUGAACCAAACCUGGCAACCUGUCUUAUUCACCCAACGGUCCCAUUCCCAUCUCCAAACCCUGCGUCUCACAACAUGGAACAUCGAUUUCCAAGCCCCCUGCAAGACCGAACGCAUGAAUGCAGCCCUGAGCUAUCUCUCAAAACUCCACGGGGACACCACCACCAACACUACUAACACCCCAAGUAUGAUCUUCCUACAGGAGAUGGUCUCUUCUGACCUGGUCUUGAUCCAAGAGAAACAGUGGAUCCGAGACCGUUUCUUCAUCACAGAUCUAUCUGACGUGAACUGGGGCGCCAGAUAUGGCACCACGACGCUAAUUGACAAGCGUCUAGACGUGCAAAGGGUAUUCCGCGUGCUGUAUUCACCAUCACGAAUGCAGCGUGAUGCUCUCUUCGUGGAUAUUAACAUCGACAUCCAACCCACCGAAAGUACAAGCAGCAAUGAGAACAGGAUCAUUAGACUAGGCAACACCCAUCUCGAGAGUCUCGUCUCUCGUCCUCCGCUUCGACCAAUGCAACUCCGUCGGGCGUCGGAGUUCAUGCACGGCCAUGAUCAUGGUCAAGUCGCGCAGUCGCAAGACUCGCUGCCAACUCCGUAUGCGGCUGUCCUUGCAGGGGACAUGAAUGCAUUUGCGUCGGAGGAUCUUACCGCCCCGGAGGAAUGUGGACUUUCCGAUGCGUUUCUCUUGUCGGACCGGAUGAAGGAGAAAUUCGGCUGUAGCCGUAUGGAUAAGGUGUUGUUCUGUGGAGGUCUGGAGGUGAAGAGUCUGGAGAGAAUCGGCGCUGAGCAGAAGAUAUGGAUCGAUUAUCCACAGGAAUCGGAUAGUGAGAGUUCCAGCGAAACAGGUGAGGAAAUGUGGGUGACGGAUCAUUUGGGAUUGCAGGUGGAAUUCAGAAUCUUGCCAUCCGUAGAGACUUAA